UUGUGAGCAAAGAAUUUCGGACGAGCAGUUGGCCAGCUGAUUUGCGAGUGAAGCGGAAACGAAGUGUGAUCGUUUCCUUUAUGAUUAAUGCGUGGUGCGAUUCAGCUUUAUCGUAAAAUUUGUAUAACUUACAGUAUCACAUCACAGACAAUAUGUAACUUGACAGUUAUUCGACUGGAUGAAGUGUUUCAUUAAGAUCAGUGAAGAAUGAGAGUAUAUAAUGCAUGGUUCGAGGCGUUGCUAAAUGCCAUGCAAUGUGCUGUAAAAUGACUUCAGUCAUAAAUAUUCGAAUUGAGAAAUUUACAAUGUUUUUAAAUUCUGCGCUGUAUUGGAUGAUAUUAGUGUCUGUAGUUGUUGGAGUAUUAAAUCAAGAAAUUCCAAAGUUGAAUCCAUUAUCUAUACCAAGUCAUUUAACUAUUGAAUCAAGAGCAAAGUUACUAUGUGUUGCCUCUACUGGAGAUCAACCUAUUGAUUUCCAGUGGAAGAAAGAUGGACUACCUGUUUCAUCUGGAAGAAUUGAACAAUUAGAUGAAUGGACAUCAUCCCUCACAAUCAACCCUUUAGGUUUAGAGCACAUAGGAAAUUAUACUUGUAUAGCUACCAAUAGUGCAGGAACAGAUCGUGUUACUGCAUCAUUAUUUGUUACAGCCCCACCUCAGUGGAUUGAAGAACCAACAAAUCUGAAAGUUCACUUGGGAGAAAAAGCUAUUUUUCAUUGUGUUGCCAAAGGCUCUCCCCAAGUGAAAAUAACAUGGAAAAAAAAAUCUGAAUCUCACCAGGCUAUUUUACCUGUUCUUCCAUCAGAUGAUUUUCAAAUAUAUGAAAAUGGCAGUUUAUUUAUUUCAAAAGCCCGAAAGUCAAAAAGUGGUGUUUAUAUCUGUGAAGCAUCAAAUGGUGUUGGAAAUGGGUUACAAAAAAGUGCAGUACUGACAGUGUUUGAAUAUCCUGUUGUGGAAAGAGUGAUGGACUUAGUAACUGCUGAAAGGGGGAAAAAGACUCAUAUUGCAUGUUUAGCUAGAGGAGAUUCACCUAUGUCAUUCAGUUGGUUGAAAAACCAAAAGUCAUUGAGUGAUUGGCCCAAUGAUAGAUUGUCAUACUCUCAUUUACCAAGAUCAGACAGUAUUGAGUUUAUUAUGAGCAUUAAUAGUGCUCAACCUGAAGAUGAAGGCUUAUAUUCGUGUGUUGCAAGAAAUGAGUAUGGCACUGACCAGAAAGAUAUACGUUUAAUGCUUGUUGAACAUCCUAAAGCACCAGAAUUUGUAGAACUUGUUGAUGUGUGGAGUCGGAGUGCUCGAGUAAGAUGGUCUAUUCCUGAUAAUGGAAACAGUCCUAUUUUGAGUUAUACUGUUGAGUACUGGUCAACCCCUGGUGGUGACUGGAAUGAAACAGUUUCCAGCUCCUUGACUUCAUAUAUUAUCAGAGGUUUAAAACCCUUCACAGAGUACAGUUUGCAUGUCUGGGCUAGUAACAGCAUAGGAGACAGCGAACCAUCUGAGCAAAUACACUUUAAAACUGCUAAAGAAGAGCCUUCAGCUGCACCUGUUAAUGUAAAAAUAGAAGAUGUUGGAUCAACAUAUAUUCGUCUCUCUUGGAAGCCACCACCACCUGAACACUGGAAUGGAGAACUGUCAGGCUAUUACGUUGGCUACAAGCAAAGCACAUCUAAGUUACCAUAUACAUUCAAUACUGUUGAAGCUGAAGAGCAGCUCACAUACUACGUCUUAAGAGGUCUGCGACGUGCUACUAGAUACCUUAUUACAGUACGUGCUUACAAUGAUAUUGGUAGUGGUCCACAAAGUGAAGAAAUUACUGUUAAAACACAUAAUCUUGAACCUCCCGCCCAACCUGUUUUGAUGGUUAAGGAUAUUGGGUCUACUUACAUACAUAUCAGCUGGGCAUUAGAUGAUGAAAUGAGACCUUUUACUACAGGAUUUUCAAUUCAUUAUCGUAAAAAUGGAGACAAAUGGCAGGAAAUAUCAGUGCCGGAUGCUGACCAGACUUCCUAUACUCUUACAAACUUGGAUGCUGGAAUAUCUUAUCAAAUCUAUGUUACAUCAAUGGGCUCCACUGGAUUAAGUGAACCAAGUGAAAUAGCAACAGUACGUACAUCAGCUGAAGCUAUAUUCCAUGCUCCACCACCUACACAGAUGUCAUCAAGUGUAGAUGAUGUGACUCAGAUUUUAUACAUUGUUGUUCCUGUUGCCGUAGCUACAGUUAUAAUUGUGAUUGUAAUUGUAACUGCUUGUGUAUAUGUAUACUCCAAGAGGCCUCUGCCAUCUCAUCAUCCUUAUGGUGAUCUGCCUGCAUCAAAAAAUUUCAGUUAUAUGUCUACAGUACCACGACAUCAUGAUAUUCCAAUUACAGUUUGUGGGGGAAACGCAAUGAAGUAUGGCUCUCCUUAUUCUACAGUUCCGUUAACAAGACCAGAACAAGAAGAGGAGGAACCCAUAUAUGAGUCAGUCAUGGAUGAAAUACGAUGCAAAAUAAAACAAAAAUCAUUUGAUGAUGACAUUAAAAUUGGGACUGCGACAAUUGUUUAAAUGUGUUACACUAAAGAAGCAUAAAAACUAAUUAUGUGGAAUUGUCUGUGAUUGUGAUAUUCUAAUGUUUUUGUAAAAAAUGUAUUGUUUUGCACAUACCUCUUUAGAUUUGUAAAUAUAUACACAAUAUGCAUGUGUUAAAAGUAUGUGUAUUGUAGAGCUUUAUUUAUAUUUUACAAUGAUUUUAAGCACAUUAAUUGGGAAUUUUAGACUUAUUGAAUAAUUUGUUAAAGAGUUUUAUUAAUGCUCUUUUGCUGAUUAUACUUCUAUUAGCGUGUUUUAUCCAAAAGGUUUGGCUGCUUUAUUUAUCUGCAUUGCAGUAUCUCUACAAAAUGAAAUUAUUUAUUUUUGAAUCUCUAUUGUGCACCCAGGUGAUAUGUUUUGUGUUGUACUUGUAUUUUGAAUCUGAAAGAGAGCUUGAUUGGUAUUUAGAGAACAGGGAAAAAAGGUAAAAUUGUUAAAAUUCAGGAGAAUCAUAGAUUAAUUUUUGCCUUUGAUAAAUUCACAUAAUAAAUUCUGUAAAUAACAACUUAUAUUUUUUUUAUAGAGGAGAUUGAUUCGUAUGCAAAAAUGCAUCUUGACAUGAAGUUAGUAUGUUUUGAAUAGAAAAAUUUCAUACGAGGGCUAUCCAGAAAGUAGAUUACGUUUUGGAAUAAAAAUAUAAACAAAGUAUAGGAAACAAAUUUUAUUAUAUACAGAUGAAAGCCACACUCAAAUACUACUUUUUCUACAUAGUC